AUGCUCUCGCCCCCCAUGCGUUCGCCUAGCAUGGCGGACAUAUUCCAGCGCAUGGCCGAUGCCCUCCCCACGCAUGCCAAGGAGGACGACUCCUCCGACUUGGCCAGCUCCUAUGAGGCCAUCGCUCUCCUUGCACAUGCCUACCUCAGCACCCUCGACUUCAAGCUCUGCGGCUUCGACGAGGAGAAGCCCCUACCCGAAUGCGAAUCCCUCGCUCCCCGCAUGCCUCCGCAAUGGAAUUCAGGAUUCGGCUCUCUCAGCUUCGUCUACAGCCACGCACAACCAUCUAGUCGCUUCGUAAUCCGCGUCGAUCGAAUGGGUGCCAAGGUCGAGGUUCGCGGUCUCGCCGUUGGCCAAGAUCGCAUCCAUCGCUUUGACCGCAACGUGCGCGAGGUCGUCUCGGCGAGUCACCUGCCCGUACGCAUCACGCUCGAUAGCAACGGUGAAGAGGACAGGAGCGACCUGGCCGACAAGCUGUCGGCGAUAUUCCUCUCGAAGGAAGCCGUUUCAGCAUUCAUUAUGGACCUCCAAACAAAGAUUGUUCAAAAUCUUUUCACCGAACCACAAAAGGACGACGGCAUCGAAGCUGAUGACGCCGAGGCCGAGAUCAGCGCCAUUGCUGAGCGCCGCGCUCAAGAGGCCCAGGACCCGAAUCGGCCUGUCGGCCGUAAACCCCGAUCCAGCAUCCCCUCUCUACAUUCGGAUCCCGUACCAGGCAUUGAACCGUACCAGCCGAUGAAGCCAGUCCUACCGCCGGCCCAUCCCCGACCAGGAGCCCCUGUGGCGGACUUCCCACCACCAGGCUUCGAGGACGAGCACGAGAUGAACCGGCCGCCGCGAGGCCCGAUCAUACCUGACGGCAGAUCCCCCUUCAACAUCGGCCACGACGACUUAAACCCACCUGGACUGGGGCCGCACGAUCCUCUCAGGGGUUCGUUUGUCCCCGGAGGCAUCCCCCAACCCGGUUUCUCGGGCAUGCACCCCACCUUUGACGACCCCCUCUUUGCCUUGCAAGGCGGCGACCGGCCAAACCCCGAGGGCUACGACCCGCAGGUACCCCCUGGUGCGCGCUGGGAUCCCAUCGGUCCCGGUGGUGGUCCAAGAAUGGGUGGCCCGGGAAGUGGGAGCGGACGCGGGCCUUACGGCCAAUUUGGUGAUGGAGGCGGCUACGGAGGAGGCGGCUUCGGCGGUGGCGGCCAUAUCAUAUAA